UCCGUCUGCGUGACCAGAGCGCGUAGGGCCCGCGGCGUGCUGGCGCUGGAAGGGUCUGUGCUGCCAGCAGGGACUACAUUAAGGAUCUUGGAAGCACUGCCAACAUGUCUGACAUUCAAGAAGCCACUAACCAACUUCUGGAUGUGAACUUGCAUGAGAACCAGAGGUCUAUACAAAUGACAGAAAGUGGCCCCGGAAGUGAGUCUGAGCACCUUCAAGUCACUAUUGGAGCCACUGUACCUACUGGUUUUGAGCAAACCGCUGCAGAUGAAGUGAGAGAAAAAUUGAGGUCAUCAUGCAAAAUCAGCAAAGACCGGGGCAAGAUAUACUUUGAUAUUUCCGUGGAAAGUCUGGCUCAGGUUCAUUGUCUGAGAUCAGUUGAUAAUUUAUUUGUGGUUGUUCAGGAGUUUAAAGAUUACCAGUUCAAAGAAACAAAGGAAGAAGUCCUAAAGGAUUUUGAAGAAUUGGCUGGGAAGCUUUCAUGGUCAGACCCUUUAAAAGUAUGGAAAAUUAACACCAAUUUCAAGAAGAAAAAAACAAAACACAAAAAGAUAAAUCAGAAUUCAAGUAAAGAGAAGAUUGAUAAUGGACAAGGAGACAAAAGAGAUGAGAAAGAUGUUAAAAAAGAGUUCACUAACAAUGCCUUAGAUUCACAUAUUUUAGACUACUAUGAAAAGCCAGCCAUCAAAGAAGAGAUAUCAACAUUAGUAGGUGAUGAUUUGGCAUCUUGCAAAGAUGAGACUGAUGAGAGCUCAAAAGAAGAAACUAGUCCUGAAGUGCUGAAGUUUAGAGUCACAUGCAACAGGGCAGGAGAGAAACACUGUUUUUCCUCUAAUGAAGCCGCAAGAGAUUUUGGGGGUGCUGUUCAAGAUUAUUUUAAAUGGAAGGCUGAUAUGACCAACUUUGAUGUGGAGGUGCUUUUGAAUAUCCACAAUAAUGAAAUCAUUGUGGGCAUUGCAUUGACAGAAGAGAGUCUCCACCGAAGAAAUAUUACACAUUUUGGACCUACAACUCUUAGAUCUACUCUUGCCUAUGGGAUGCUCAGGCUCUGUGCACCUCAACCUACUGAUAUAAUAGUUGAUCCAAUGUGUGGAACAGGGGCAAUACCAAUAGAGGGGGCUACUGAGUGGGCUAAUUGUUUUCAUAUUGCUGGUGAUAAUAAUCCGUUGGCUGUGAAUAGAGCAGCAAAUAACAUCUCAUCUUUACUGACCAAGAGCCAAACUAAAGGCAAACUGUCCUGCGGCUUGCCCAUAGAUGCUAUUCAAUGGGAUAUCUGCAAUCUGCCACUGAGAACUGGCUCUGUGGACAUUAUUGUAACAGACAUGCCAUUUGGAAAAAGGAUGGGAUCCAAGAAAAGAAACUGGAACCUUUACCCAGCUUGCCUAUGGGAGAUGAGCCGUGUCUGUAGACCAAGGACAGGCCGAGCUGCACUACUUACUCAGGACAAGAAAUGCUUUACCAAGGCAUUAUCUGGAAUGGGACACGUAUGGCAGAAGGUGCAUACAGUCUGGGUGAACAUAGGUGGUCUUCAUGCUGCAGUUUACCUUCUGAAACGUACACCUCAAGCUUUUGUUCAUCCUUCAGAACAAGAUGGAGGAAGAACUCCUUGGUAAUGCAAAAAUGAAGAUGUUUAUAGUAUUUGUGCUUCCCGACACUGGAAAUGCCAGCAUAAACUUAAUUUGAGAAAAACAGUGUUAACAAAAGUGCAGUGUGCACUGUUUAAAUUGGUCUAAAGUUCUUUACCCUGGUUAGCAAAAGGUGUGAAUGUAACAUCAUGGAAUUGAGUCUUGUGAGAGAACUUUUCUUUGGAACUUGUUGUGAAGAGGUAGCUGGGCAAUUGGUACUUUCCUUAAAAAGCUUUGAAGAUGCUAAGCCUACUAAAUGCUCUGGGAUUUGGGUUUAGAACAUUUUCUUUUCUGGCUUCAUACCAGUUCCUAUUUUCCAUUGUAGCCACCCUGGCCUAAUGGAAAGGCAGAGAAUAUAAUCAUAGCAUCUUAGGCAACCCAGAUAUUGCCUGUGUAGCUUUGCUAUUUAGUUGUUCAAGUUCUUUACCUCAACCUUAAAAAAAUGAAGCAUUAUUACAUGUUGUGAAAUAGUGUUUGCCUCAUGACAAGAUGAAGUCUCACAAGAUCUAUAGGAAAGUUUAACAUCUGCCUUAAUAAUUAAAAUAUGCAUCUGUUAUUCAGGUUAAUACAUAGAAGAGGACUAGGAUUUAGCAAAGGAAUUAAAAAAAUACAUUUUUAUUUGUAAAAAGCAGCAAAUACAUUGAUAGAGGAAGUAUGGGACCAACAAGUAAAAUUUUAAAAAAUUUUAUUUUUCUUUCCAUACACAAAAGCGGUAUUGCUUUUCAAAGUCAAACAUGAGCUUGUCAAUAUUUUUGGUUUCUUAAAAGUACUGAUGUAUCUUUGAAUUAAAAACUUCAUCUAAGUUCUUGAUUGUUUUCUUUUGGGUGACUAUCCACAUUUAGAUGUUUUUCUAGUUGCAGAAAGGCCCUCAUGAGAUAGUGGAAAAUAAAAUGAUCUCAACACAGUAUUAAGUCCUUGUGAAAAACGGUGCUUCCUUGGAACACAGUACUUGGGGUUUUAUGUGGAGUUCUUUAAAGUGUUCAGUUUAUUUUAUAGUUCCUGGCUGCAUUAAGCUUAGAUUUUCAGUGUCAUAUUAGGUAAUAUGUACUACUCACAUUAUUUUUUGAUGUCUCACAUUUAGAAUAAAAGGACAUAAUACUUCUUUGAAAGAAUCAAGUUCACAUCAGUAUAUCCAAUAUUCCUAUUCUGGUUUUCUCUGAUAUACUACCUCAUACUUGAGAAUGAGUGUUUUAUAUCCUAGCCUGGAGUUUUUACCAUCAUCAGAAUGUAGUUGUAUUUUGGGUUCAAAACAUAAAACAACUUUUCACCUAACAAAAAAACCCAUUUAAACUUCCAAAUGUUAGUGUAGUUCACAGAAAUGCGAAGUAUAAGGACCACAUCCAUUUACACACACCACUGUUUAGCAAGUGCUCAAUACAGUACCUUCCAGAGUAGGCAUUUAGUAUUUGUUGAACAAAUGAAUAUUUUUGCAUAUUGGCUUAGUUUUUAAGUAUAACAAAUCUGCGUCUGGUCCAUCAUAGCUAUAAUCUUAAACACUACUGUAAAAACAUGGCCAGAUUUAAGGUGAUGUAAAUAUGUAGAGAGCAUUAUCUGCAAGUUAGAAGUCUUUCCUCCCUAGUAUUGUUUUGUAAUCUGGUGACAGGAACAGGAAAUAGGUUAUCAGGAAUAGCUGGGAUUGAGUUAUUUAUGACACUGCCACUUAACUCAUUGUGACCUUGGUUUUUAACCUCUCAAGUGGGCCUCCUACACCAUAGGGAUGUGAAAAGAUGGGAAGGUAAUUGUAAUAAUCUGAACACAAAAUGAGUCAAUUAUGAUCCAGACAUUCUGUUACUGAGAGUCAGCAACAUAGAGAGAUUUUAUAAAUUAAGUGAAAGGAAGAUGAUUAUCUCCUAGAGACUAACAAUGUAGUAGUGAUGAGAAAGGGAAAUAACACUUAUUUUAAAAUGGCAGUUAAGACUUUCCAGAAACGGCCAAAACUGCAGAUUCUAGCAUAUCAGUGUCAGAUAUAGUUCAGCUCUGCAGUGCAAGAACUAAAAGGUAAGUGAAAACUGGGGGGGGUAAGUAUUUUGAAAGGCCUGUAGAGUAACUUAAAAUAAAACAUCUUCUCAGCACAGCACUUUCUUCUUAGCCUUUUCCAAAAAUUUCAGGUGAGGUGUUAUGUAGGAAUUUCAGUGGGGAUAUAAUAAAAGUUUGAAUAUUCUAAGGGAAAAAAUAUCACAUUUAAUUGUGCCCAUGUACAUUUUUUAUUAAA